UUUUUUUUUUAAUUGGUUGUCAACGUUUAGAAUUUGGGCAACUUCACAUAAAAGACCUCUUGAAAAACUGGAAGAUUUGUCCAGACUUGGCCCACAUGGCUGCAGUUAGCUGGAGCCAGGUCGAAGCUGCCCCUUGGCUGGGCUGUGUUCCUCACUUUUCAAUGUGUGCUUUCAUUUAUGUGACUUGUCUGGCCCUCUGGGCAUUUGAAUUGUGACCUCUGAUCUAAGCCACUGUCCUACGCUGUUUUAUGGCUGAGUAUCUUACAGCCUUCCAGAAAGGCCCAGGCCGCGUGUGAGCAGUGGUUAAAUGGCCACCAGGAAGGAGGAUAAUUGGCUCCUUCGAGGCCCACAUGCUGCUCCUAGCCCCACCCGGGUCUUCAGGGGACAGGAGUUAAGGCCAGGAUGGGUAUGGGUGUGCUGACUUUGCUGAGCUGGCUUCUCUCCAUCUGUUCAUUCAGCCUGAAAGUCGUGACCAGUUUCCUUAUCCAGGGGGUGGGACAUUUUUCAAAAUAUGAAAGAAAGCAGCCAGUGACCACUCCGGCCCAUUCGUAGGCCUACAAGACCAGCUAUUGCUGCAAAAGGAUAAGCUUCCUGUUUACCAGCCAGGCUGAGACAAAGUGGUUGUGCUUCCUGGCAGUGAGCGACUUGGCACACAGGCUGGGUUCUGUCUGUCAGGACAGCAGGGCUGAAUGCUUCCUCUGUGCUCCGCCGUCGCCCCCAUGGCCUGGGUCCUGGCUGCGGGCCACCCUCACGAGGGCACUUUUGCUUUGGCUCCAGAACUGGCCCUGGCGUUCUGAAAGGAAGCAAACGAGAGAAGGUGGCCUCACCUACUUGCUAGCUUCCUCCUUAGCUUUCCUUUCCCUGUGGGACCCAAUCCAGGCAAAGUCCCUUGGCACAAACCUGAAUCUAACGAGAAAUUUGCAUCUUUUGUUUUUAAGUCUCCAGGAAGCAGGAUGUCAAUGCCUCUGGGGAAACUGGUCCUUUUUACCAGCGUGAUGGCUGGCGGGAGCUGCACCCUGGUAUAUUACCUUAUACAGACUUUUUCCAGGGCUUCCUAUUACCAGCUGGCACUGGAGCAGCUGCGUAGCCGCCCCGAGGCCCUGGAAGCUCUGGGCAGCCCCCUCAACGUUCACUAUCUCCACCUCACCGACAAGUACAACUUCGUGGACAUUGCUGAUGCCCAGUUGAAGAUUCCUGUUUCUGGAUCCAAGUCAGAGGGCCAUCUCUAUGUCAGCUCAUCCAGAGAUGCCCCCUUUAAGAGGUGGCACCUUCAGGAGGUCGUCUUAGAGCUCAAGGAUGGUCAGCAGAUUCCUGUGUUCAAGUUCAGUGGGGAGAAUGCUGCUGAAGUCAAAAAGGACUAAAGGUGAUCAGGAAGACCCAGCUGUGUCCAAGCACGGCCUUCCCUCAUCACCGUGUGCCCUCCAUGGCUGUGAGCCAGGUUUCCAGCCACCAGGAGUGGGAUUGUAUGUGCUGGCAUAUGGUAAUUCUGGUAUAAUUCUAAUUUGACCACAACGGACACUAUUGUGGUUUUUUAAUUUAAUCAGAAAGAAACUCACUCUAAGUUUAUAAGAAUUUAUUUGAAAGUUCUCUGUAUAAAAGCAAAGCACAGAAUAAAAGGAAUCAGUAUUUGUAAUAAAAUGUUUGUUGACUUUU